CAAAACUAUACAAAGCAAAUGCGGAAUACUUUGCGGUGAAAAGCAAGUCGAAAUGCCUGGAAAACACCCGUGUCCGGAUUCAGGAAUCGAUACUCGACCAUUUGGAGAAACGGGAACACCGAUUUAUCUGGCUUCGUGGCUCUCCGGGCACCGGGAAGACUGCUAUAUCGAUGAGUGUCGCCUCAACACUUGCCAAACAACGUCGCUUGGCAGCGUCUUUUUUCUGGGACAAGAACCAAAAUGGAACAGGACUUGAUUCGAUUGAGCACUUUCCUUCUACUCUUGCACGCCAACUUGCCUCGUUUAACACCGAGUACGAGGGUCUUCUUGCCAAUCAGCUUCGACAGCCCUCUUCACUGGAGAACGUUCCAGGCUCUACUGUGGAGAAGCAGAUGAGAGCUUGGAUCGUCGAACCCAUGCACAAACUCUUAUCUCUGCGCGAGGAGCGUUCCGUCAUCAUCUUGGAUGGACUGGAUGAGUGUGGGGCUCAGGAGGAACUUGAGUCCUUAAUGAAGUUGGUACUUAUCCUUGAUGAGCUGCCGAGUGCAUUCUCUGUGUUGGUCAGCUGCCGGCCAGAGUCAUCCGUCGAGUCGGCUUGGGUUGGAGCUCGGGCUCAGGGUCAUGUCAUCCCAUGUGAGGAUGUGGACAUUGUCACUGAGGAAGAAAAGUCUCAAACUAUCCACCGCAUGGUGGAGGAAGGCCUUCGGGCUUCCAUCGAUAAGUCUUCCUGGAAACCGUCAAAAAAAGAUGUCGAUGCAUUUGUCUUAGCGUGUCGUGGAUUGCCCAUUAUUGCCUCAAUCCGAGUCCGGGAUGUCUCUGUUCGAACCCGUCGUGGAGCAACCCUUCGAUCUGAGUUUGAAUACUUCCGUGACCUCAUCGAUGCCCCCAUUGACGUCAACUCAGAGUACUUGCGCAUACUUCGCCGUGCCUAUAUGUUCGACUCAUCUGGAGUCCCUCCACAUAUAGCUGAGAAGUAUCGCCAACUGGUUGGCACAAUCAUUGUGGCAUUUGAGCCACUGAGUGUGUUUUCCAUGUCGCAGCUAUUAGGAAUUGCAGAGGAAGAAGUCUUAGCCAUAUUGGAACCAGUUAGCUCCAUUGUUGAUUUUUCUGAAGAAAGUGGCUUGGAACAUCCCCCGAAAAGACCCUUAGAGGACCCAAAGCCAAAGGGUGUCAAAUUCUAUCAUGCAACGAUGGUAGAGUUCAUAAAGGGGGAUUCGAUUGGUAAUGAAAAUGACAAAGUAUUCUUUAUCAAGAAUGUGAAUAAGUAUUUCCUCGGACUACCACUCCUCCGAUUUUUCAAUAAUAGUUGUGAGGGGGAUGUGUUUGGGGAGCCUGCCAUUCUCCCUCUAGGAGAUAAACGAAAAUGGAGCGGUUUUAUGGAGAGACAACGUCAUCUCCCUCAUCGUCUCCGAUAUGCUCGUCAACGUUUAUUAGGACACUUAAACCCCUCACAACUCUUCGCACAAGAGUCCAAUUUGCAGAACGAGUUUAAUACAUUCCUCACACGAAACUUGGUUACAUUUAUGCACCUGGCGUCAGACAUUAAUGAAUUAUACGAGGGAUUCCCUGAGGGAUUUGAUGAAUUUGAGCUCGAGAAAAGCAAUCAGUGGAGUAUUCGUCUUUGAAGGAUUUGGGAUAUAGUGUAACUUCCUGGUCACCAUGGCACCUUCAUCGAUCGACCCUUCCUUUCACCCCAUCCUCAUCACCUUUGUACAAACUGC